UUUCAAGAUGGAGGAAUGUUUUAACAAAGUUGUGUCAGUUCACUUGAAGUCUUCAAGCCGAGAAAACAGAAAGUCUGUCGUACGCAUCAAUGUAUCUUUUCGCUCGAUCUCUUCGCCAACGAACAAAGAACUUGUUGUCCGAAUCACGGAUGAAGAAGACUUGUGCUUUCUCUACAAUCUUGUUUUAGGCGAAACUGAUUUCCACACGUUAAAAAGUCAACAAGGUUUGUUGGUUGAUUUUUGUGCCUUUCCUCAAAAGUUUAUUGACCUGUUGGAACUUUGUCGAGAAGAAGAACAACGAGAUAGUCCAAAAUUUCUGCUUCAGUUUGUUGUUGGCAGUGGUUUAGAUCAAGGUGUGGCCACUCUUCAUGUGGUAGAGACCAAUCCAUUUAAACAUCUGACUCACUUAUCAUUGAAAUUCCUUCCUGGAUCUGAUUCUGAAGUCAAAAAAUAUCUGGCAAACUGUCUUAAAAAUCUGCAGGAUGAGAAACAAAUCUUAGAAAGGCGUCUUGCCAGUACAGAGGCUGAUCUUCAACAAAAGCUUAGCACCUGCCAAGAGGUGUUAGCAAUCAAAACAAGAGAGUUAAGCUCAGUUCAAUCAGACUGCUCAGCCAAGUCAUCUCAUUUGGAAAACAAGCAUGCACAGGAACUGGCAGCAGAAAGGGAAAAAGCACUUCAGUUGGCCACUGAAAAACAACAAAGUUUUGAGAGAGAAAAGAGAGAACUGGAACAGAAUCACCAAGCACAGAUGGUGAGAUUAGAGGCCAGGCUCAAGGAUGUUGAAAACUCCAACAGAGACCUGAAUCAGAAAAAGUACCAAGCUGAUUCUUGCAUCAGAGACCUCAAGUCCAAACUAGCAACACUGGAUGAGGAAUGCAAAUUUGCCAAGCAAGAACUUCAUAAACUUCGCCGUGAAAAUGGCUCCCUGGAUUCAGAAAGACAUGAACACAGUAAAACACUCAGCCAACUGCAGACUAGAGUGGCUGUGUUGGAACAGGAAUUGAGGGACAAGGAACAGGUCAUAGCACGGACCAAUGAACUGUUGGAGAAUUCCAAUGAACAACGUAGAAAGCAAGAGAAGAUAUUGGAAGAAAAACAGGAACAGAUCAAUAAAAUGGAAGCCAAUAUGAAAUCUGUAACAGCCGACGUGAUCAAGGGAAAUGAGAUAAUACAAAGGUUACAAUCAGAAUUACGGACCUACAAGUCUAAGAUGAAGCUGAAGAGUGUGGUGAUGACUAAACAAGAAAAGCUCCUUGAAGAAAAGGAAACAGCUUUUGAAAAACACAGACAGGAAAAAUCCAGCUUGGAAACUAGCUUGAAGAAUAAAGAGGAAGAGCUAAAGAAGCUGAGUGAGUCAUUGGAGACAACCACAGCCAAGCUUGAAGAAAGUAAACAAUUGCUGAAGACUAAUGAAAACGUUAUCAAUUGGCUGAACAAGCAAAUGAAUGACCAGAUGAUGUCCCAGCAACGGCUGGGGCCUUUUGAAAUGCACACGAAACCUGUGUCCACACGAGGACCGCCUCUAGUGCCAUACAACAAGGUGACGAGCACAACAGGAAGCUCCACCACCUCAGCGGGAAACAGAACGGACAUUCCACGUUUCUCGGAGCCAGCUCAGAUCUCAUACAGAAAGCCUGGAUCUCGCCAUGGACUUCUUCCUCAGCCAGUGGGCCAGUCGACUCCCAAUGUACCAUCAGGUGUGCUGCCUCCUGCAGGGGGUGUCACCCCUCUCAGCCGCCCGCUGACCGGUUUGACGCACAACACAGAACCCUUUCUCGACGCUAAGUAUCUUCAUCCUACUGCAAAUGGAGCUCAGAGGACUGGCACCGAGCCUCCACUUAUGUCCGCUUACUUUCCUAAACCACGUGGUACAUUGCCUACCACGUGAGCACCAUAUGUAUGGCAAGUUUCCUGUGAAAAAACUUUUGGGAAGUAAGAGAGAUGGCCUUGCGAAUCAUUGAAAUGUACGCGUGCGCAGAGAGGAAGCUUGUUUUAAAUACAAUCAAUUGCAUCGUUAAGGUCCGAAAGACACGGCCCUACGGGCCAGUUUUUUCCCACCUCCUUUUUCAACUGCGGAAAUAACUCCCUACAAGUUGCCUUCGUUUAGAGUUCUUUUCUUUCAUCAAGAAGUUGUCAUGGCUAUACAUAGAAAGCUUCUUCCAUCUCUGAAUAACUUUAUGCGCGAAUUGAAAAAGACUAUCCAAAUUUAAUCAAACCGGCUGUAGCUGCUUAUUUUUCCCCAUCGGUGAGACUUUGUUAACCGUGGACAGUCCCUCUAAGGUGAAGUUUUCGUUAAAAGAUGUAUGGAACCUCAGAGCCAAAAAAAUACGACGGAUUAAGGGCUGCAGAGUUAAAAAAAAAAGCAGAGUUGUGACUUUUGGCGCUUCACGGUAUUUAUUUGUUUUUUCUAAUGACGUGAGUAACAAGUGUGUCAGAUGCCAACGCGUACAAUUAGAAGCAGGCUUCGGGAAUUCUUGUAUACCAAUGUAAUCCAGUAGUGCAAGAGGCAGCUUUAUGUACAUAUCUAUAUAAUAAAAGUCGUGGAAAUGUUCAAA